AUGCUUAUGCUAUUUACAGAAGCAGGAUUGCCCAUCAUUUUAGGUUAAUCAUUUGAUUAAAAUAUGGGAUUGUCAGGUUAGAGAAUUGGAUGCCUCAGUUUAGUUUGUUCUAAUGAAAAAGAAGAGAGAUGGUUAAUUCAUAACUAAAUUUGAUAGCCAGAUCUCUUUGGUCCUGUCCACCUGUUCAUGGUGCAAGAAUAGCAGAAACAAUACUAAAAAACCCAAAAAUAUAUUAAUUAUGGUUAAAAGAAGUCAGACUCAUGGCACAAAGAAUAUAAAAUAUGAGAUAUAGCUUUACAAAAGCCUUAAAAGAAUUAGGAUCACCUCAUGAUUAGUCUUACCUCUCAAAGUAAUUUGGAUUGUAUUCAUUUAACAGUAAUAAAUAUUUAUUUAUUUCAUAAGGGUAUUGGACAACUUAAAAUAAAUAAAUUAAUGGAAAAAUAUCAUAUUUAUUUAUUAGAAAAUGAAGGUAUAUCGAUUGCUGGAUUGAAUGAUAAUUAUAUCAAAUAUGUUGCUAUGGCAUUCCAUGAAGUGACAAAAAACACUUAAAUAUGA